AUGGUCCAGAAUAUUGAGUCUAAUGAAAAACAUAACCUAAUCAAAUCAAAUAUAGAAACCCCAAUUGAAAAUGAUGAUGGUGGAGCUGUAAGAGGAGCUUCAUUCUUAAUAGCUGUACAGUUUAGUACGAAACUUUUCACUUUUGCAUUAAAUCAAAUUCUUGUACGAUUUAUUUCUCCUGAAAUAUUUGGAGUUUCUGCAUACCUUGAAUUUAUAGUGUCUACAAUCUUAUUCUUUAGUAGAGAGGGGAUUAGAGUAGCUGUUCAACGACUUUCUCUUGAUGAAGAUCAUGAUCAUAAUAAUAAGCAGACUUUAAACAGUCUGAAAUUUUAUCAAAGUAUUAUUAAUCUAGGUUUCUUACCAAUUUUUAUAAGUGUACCUAUCACAUUACUUCUAAUUGUUUGGCAAGUGCUAUAUGGAGGAUUGAAAAGUGGAUUAUUAGGCUUUACAUAUCAUAAUUAUACUUUAUCAGUAUUGGGAAUCCUGUUACUAUCUGAAUUGUUAGUAGAACCAAUUUAUUUGUUGAAUCAAUUCUUAUUAAAUUUUAAAAGAAGGUCUCAAAUUGAAGGACUAGCAAUAUUUGGAAGAUGUGUUGCUACUUUUCUUUCUAUUGUUUUUGUUAACACUUUAGAACUUGAUAGCAAAGAUUUCUCUGGAGCAGCUAUUAUUUCAUUUGCAAUUGGUCAACUCACCUAUUCUUUAACAUUACUUAUUGGAUACUUGAUGGUUUUCUUUUUAGAGAACGUAAAGCUGCCUGAUAGGAAAGAUUUAAAACUAUCAAUUCAAAAAAUUACUUAUGAAUCAAACGAAUAUUUCUACUUUCAUCCAAAGGCAAUGAAAACUUGGAGUAAUUUAUUUACCCAAAUGAUCUUCAAGCAACUUUUAACUGAAGGUGAUAAAUUCCUUGUGAAUUAUUUCUUUACUAUUGGUGAACAAGGAGUUUAUUCUGUAAUGUCUAAUUAUGGUUCAAUAGCUGCUAGAUUAAUUUUUCAACCUAUUGAAGAAUCUAUACGAUUAUUAUUCAGUAGGAGUCUUUCAUCUUCUGUUAAUAAACAAAAUAAUGUUGAAGAUUCAUUUACAACAAUGAGAUUGGUUUCUUUGUUUUAUUUUAACUUGUCCAUACUUAUAAUCUUAUCAGGAACUACUAAUGCAUCGUUUUUAUUAAGUAUCGUUUUGGGACGUGGAGGUACUUCCAAAUGGCAUGGUAGUAAUAUAUUUGAUUUAUUUCCUCAAUAUGUUGCAUAUCUUCCAUUUUUAGCAUUUAAUGGGAUUUUCGAAGCUAUUUUCAGUAGUAUAGCUACUAAUUCAGAAAUCCGAAAGUUUUCUGUGUUUAUGACAACUUUAACAAUUACCUGUUUAGCAGUUCUGUAUAUUUUGAUUGAACAUCUCAACUUUGGGCUUAGUGGAUUAAUUAUAUCAAAUGCUUUAAACAUGACAAUGAGAAUAGGAUAUUGUGCAAUUAAAAUCAAGAAAUAUUAUGAAGGGUUUAACAUUAAAAUCUCGGCCCAAGAAACGUAUGAUAUUCUUCAGAACACGGAAGAUUUCAUAAUCCUUGAUUUAGACUUUGAUAAUGAUGAUAUUUUCUUCAUGUAUAUCUAA